AUGUUCUUUGAUGAUGUAAUCAAAUACUAUGUUUUAAUUUUAGGAUCACUCAAUAUUUUAGCUUUCACGUUUGACGAUUCAAACAGGGCCUUCCGCAAUGUACUUAUUAAUGUAAAUAACGUGAAACCACUGCCAAUGGUUGAUGAUGAAGCAAAUUUCCUUCUCAUAAAAGACAAGAAAAUAAAAAUUUCAGGUUUCUCGGACAAGCCCGCAAAGCUCAGGUAUGGGGUAUAUCGAUAUGUUUGGGAGAACAUCAAGGACCUCACAAUUGUUGUUGUCGGAAUGGGUAUUAUCCCUCAGAACUGCAUCGCUGUUUCUACCAGCGAGAUGAUCAGUCGUACAAGGAAAAAUGCAAGUGGUACGUCCGUUUCCGGUCCUAUGAGUACGGUUUACUCUUACAACACCAAUGUGAGAAACACAAUUUAA